CAGUCUCGACCUUUGGUGAAUGCCUCGACGGCUGUUCUGCCCACCAUGGUGGCUCCCAUCCCAGCUGCUAGAACCCAGUCCCCAGUCAUUAACACCCCUGUCACACAUGCUGCAGAGAUGAUUCAUGGGCGACCAGUAACCAUUCACCCUCCACCAACCACCAUCAACAUCCAGCGUACCUCCACUCCCCGGGACACUGCCACGCGCAUCACCCUCCCCUCCCACCCAGCUAUUGGAACCCAGAAAGCCCAGCCCGCUCACACCGUCACACAAAAGCCGAUCUUCAACACUGUGACCCCUGUUGCCGCUGCCACUGUAGCUCCGAUCUUAGCUACCAACACUGCUACUUCAGCUACUACUACAGGCUCUGCACCACAUACCCAAAUGACCAGUAGCACUAUUGUCACCAUGACAAUGGCCUCUCACUCCUCCCAUGCUACAGCUGUGACCACCUCUGCCAUCCCUGUCGGUAAGCACAACCCACGUGUUUAUAGCGCUUAA